AUGGACGGCCAGAAGCAGCAGCCGGCGCAGGCGCAGGCGCCGCAGAUCCAGCCCUGCCGGUACAAGGUGGGCAAGACGCUCGGCGCGGGCUCGUACUCGGUGGUCAAGGAGUGCGUGCACAUCGACACGGGGCGCUACUACGCCGCCAAGGUCAUCAACAAGCGCCUCAUGGCCGGGCGCGAGCACAUGGUGCGCAACGAAAUCGCCGUGCUCAAAAAAGUCUCCAUGGGCCACCAAAACAUCCUCACCCUCGUCGACUACUUCGAGACCAUGAACAACCUCUACCUCGUCACCGACCUGGCCCUCGGCGGCGAGCUCUUCGACCGCAUCUGCCGCAAGGGGUCCUACUACGAGUCCGACGCCGCCGACCUGAUCCGCGCGACCCUCUCGGCCGUCGCCUACCUGCACGACCACGGCAUCGUCCACCGCGACCUCAAGCCCGAGAACCUGCUGUUCCGCACCCCCGAGGACAACGCCGACCUGCUCAUCGCCGACUUUGGCCUCUCGCGCAUCAUGGACGAGGAGCGCUUCCACGUCCUCACCACCACCUGCGGCACCCCCGGCUACAUGGCCCCCGAGAUCUUCAAGAAGACGGGCCACGGCAAGCCCGUCGACCUGUGGGCCCUCGGCGUCAUCACUUACUUUUUGCUGUGCGGCUACACCCCGUUUGACCGCGACUCCGACUUUGAGGAGAUGCAGGCCAUCCUCAACGCCGACUACAGCUUUACUCCGGUGGAGUACUGGCGCGGCGUCUCGUCCCACGCCAAGGACUUUAUCCGCCGCUGCCUCACCAUCGACCACACGCGCCGCAUCACGGCACACGAGGCCCUGCAGCACCCGUUUGUCGCCGGCCAGGCGCCCUCCGACGGCGCCGGCGAGAACCUGCUGCCCACCAUCAAGAAGAAUUUCAACGCCCGCCGCACGCUGCACGCCGCCAUCGACACGGUUCGCGCCAUCAACAAGCUGCGCGAGGCCCAGCACCUCAUGGACGGCGCCCGCUCCGGCGAGCCCUCCCGCGCGGGGCCUCCCCGGUCUGCCGCCGCCGCCCCGGCCCCACGGAGCGACGGCGCCCUCCAUUUUGGCAAGGACGACAGCGGCUACGCGACGCAGCCCGACGGCGACGACGUCGUCAUGGGCAACACCACCACGGCCGCCGCCUCCGAGGGCGUCCCGGCCGCGCUGCAGCCCGGGAACCAGGGCAACCGCGUGGUCCAGACGAGCAAGGGGCUGUGGAGCGCGCCGGCGAGGUAG